GUCGACAUUAUGACGGUCAUGUGAAGCCAAAAUUGAAUGUAAAUCAACUAUCAAUUGCACAGGUUGUCAGCUACAACUUGAGCAGGAAAGGACAGUGGGAAAGAGCAUCCUGGAGGCCGUUCACCCACAGCCACUACAGCCCUCUCAACGUCACGGUUAAUGGCAUCCCUUGCAUUCUUUUCUGGGCCAAGAGGAUCAUGAUUAAGUUUGAAAACCACACGCAACUGGAUUUGACGGAGAAGACAUUUGGUGUCCAUGCAACAGUGGAUGUUGGAGAUUCGAACUGCAGUGAAGACAAUGCAAUGCUUUCUCUGAAGUUUGGUGACAUUGGCAAUCUAAAGGGACUCAUUAUUAGAUUCUUAUUAACAAGCAGCUAUUACCAGCUGUCUGUUCAGAACUGGUUCAGUUUACACAGACUGCAACUUCUUUACAACCACUCCAUACAAGCGACGUUUAAUGCAACCAGAAUAUACGCACCGGCAAGUUACUCCUACCACUGUGAACAUGUGAGCAGCUUGCAGAGAUAUGAUGCGCUCCUCAUACCCAGCUCUGCAAAUGAUCUUUCUAAGCUGUGGGAAGUCACUUUUACUGAUUUCCAGAUUCAAGGUUUUAACAUUCAAGAAGGACAUUUUGCCUAUGCAAAAGACUGUGCAUCGUUUUUCUCUCCAGCAAUACUUAUGGGAUUGGUUAUGUCGCUGAUUCUGCUGCUGGUUCUUGCCUAUGCUCUUCACAUGUUGAUCCACCUGAAAUCUCUUGACAGGCACUAUGAGUGCAAAGCUUCUCCUGCCUAUUUUGCACAGAUGAAAGACAAUGACAUGGGGGAUGAGAAAGAGCCUCUGAGAAGCAGUGGAAAUGAGUCCUAUGAACUUAGAAACCAACAGUUCUGUAAAAUCUAUAUUUAGCGGUAUGCGUCUGUCUAGUGGAACAAGUGAUAUUUUCUUCCUCUGGCACUGUCGUAUGUAGUUUGUGCAGAUUUUUCAGGAACUGAUGAGAGGAAAAGUAGGUAACAGACUGUUUAGCCAGUUACUGUCUGUUAUUUGUUGAU